GCUGGGCCCCCCCGGCGGCGGGGCGGAGGCAGCCGCCAUCGCGCGUCAGGCCGAGCGGGUGCCGCGCCGGGCGGCGCCCGUCGAGGGCGUGGUGGCGCACCUGGGCCGGGGGGCGAGGAUCGAUCGGGAAGGCGCUGCUGAGAGAGCUGAAGGGCGACGACUCCGAGGCGGCGCAGACAGCCGUUGUUCCUGCGGGGCUGCCCCAGCUGGGCCCCGCAGCCGGCGGCGGCGGCGCCAUCUCGGGGACUCUGAAGACGCGACCCAAGAGCAUUUGCUGCAGCAACCGGUGUGGCCCCAGCAGAUGCAGCAGCAGCAGCAGCUGUUGCAGCAGCAGCAGUUGCAGCAGCAGCAGGUGCAGCAGCAGCAGCUCCAGAAGCAGCAGCAGCACCAGCAGAUGCAGCAGCAGCAGCAGCAGAUGCAGCAGCAGCAGCAGCAGCAGCAGCAGCACCAGCAGCAGCAGCAGCAGAUGCAGCAGCCGCAGAUAUGCAGCAACAGAUGCAGCAUCCGCAGAUGCAGCAACAGCAGGUGCCGCAGCAGGUGCAGCACCCGCAGGUGCUGCAGCAGAUGCACCAGCAGCCGCAGCCGCAACAGCAGGCCCAGCACGUUCAGGUCUUCCUGGUCCCGGUUACGACCGUCGCCGCGCCGCCAGGGCAGCCGGUGCCGCAGCCCCAGCCGCAGCACCAACAGGUGGGGCACGUGCUCGUGUCGCCCGUGCAGCCGCAACAGCAACAACAGCAGCAUCUUGAGGCUCUGCGGAUGCAGCAGCUGCAGCAGC